AUGAAUAGAAUGGUUUUCUGCCUAUUCAAUAAAAUAAGGCCAUUCACACCCAACAAGAGUUCCCUCCCAAAAAGUAGAACAAAAAUAUCACAAGGUGACCCAAUGAUUGUUAGAAUACCUGAAGCAUCUGUCAGAAGACUCAAAGCAGAACAAUACAUCCACAAUACGUACAUGAUCACCAAAGAAUUAGUUGAAAAUGCACUAGAUAGCUGUAGUACGAUAAUAAUGGUUUCUGUUAAACACAAUGAAAUAAUUGUAGAAGACAAUGGAACUGGAAUAGCAGAAGACUCAUUGAAUUUACUUGGUGAGUUUGGAUGUACUUCUAAGCACAAUACAACACACAGUAUGCUGAAUCUAAAACAAAAUUCAAAUGAAACCUAUGGAUUUAGAGGUCAGGCACUCUAUUCAAUAGCAUCAAUGUCUGAUCUAACAAUCAGAACAUCAAGCAAUGACGGAGGAAUUGGAUUCAAUAAGGAAUUUAAAACUGGUAAAGUUGAACAGAUCACUAAACAGAAAGGCACAACAGUUCAAAUCACUGAAAUAUUUAAUAAGUGCCCUGUAAGAAAGACUAUCAACAACAAGGCGUAUAGAAGAAACAUCACUCAAAUUGGUGAAUGGCUUGAAGGAAUCUGUGUUGUUUAUUCAGGAACAAUCAUAUUCAAAUACACUGAUAACAAGAAGGAGAAAGAAAUAGUUUACAAAGGGUGUGGUGAUAAUUUGAUCACAUUCCUCAAGCAGAAGUUUGGCAACCAUCUGUUGCAGUACAAAGAUGAGUUGUUUGAUAUAUACUUCUUUCCACAAUCAGUCAUAUCAACUAGUCUGAUGUUCUACGGACGCAGGUUGAUCAAAUCCAAUCUAAGAAAUGUGAUUGAUAAGGCAGUUGCAAAAUAUACGGAUAACAAACCAACACACGUUUUAUUCAUCAAAGAUGUCUGCGAUAUCAACAUAUCAGUUGAUAAGAGUGAAGUGAUAAUUAAUAACAGGGAUCAGAUUGAAAACACCUUGAAGAGACAAAUUGAAAUAUUCAUGGAAAACAGUAGACACGUCGAUUCACUAACAAUCACCAGAACAGUUGAAGAAGACAAAAUCAUCAAAAUAGCAAACAAAUUGAUUGAACAGCCUGUGAAUACAUUCAAUAGGCAGAAGACGAUAGCAACACCAGUUCAGAGCAACUGGUUUAAACCAAAAGUAGAACCAAUCAACGCAAAACAGGAAGAAAAAGAGGAGAUUGUUGAACAACCUACCCAAAUCAAGAAACAAAAAGUUAUCAGGUCGAGAAUUGAACUCGACUUGGUCGUAGAGAAAGCUGAUUUCACUAAAAUGGAAAUCAUUGGGCAAAUGAAUGCUGGAUUCAUUCUAUGCAAAUUAGAUAAAACAACUAAGAAAUAUCUGAUAUUGAUAGAUCAGCACGCAGCAGAUGAAAUCAAGAAUUACGAAUGCAUCAAGAGACAGUUUAAUAUCACAAAACAAAAGCUGAUUAAUAAGGUCAGUCUGAAUCUCAGCCAAUAUCAGAGAAUGUUGGUUGAUGAAAACAUAUCAGUUUUCAAUAGAAAUGGAUUUGAAGUGGAAUUUGAUGAUUCUGCUGCCUAUUUGACAUCCGUACCAUUUUACAAGGACAAAUGCUUCACUGCUGAUGACUUCUACAACCUACUUAACAAAAUCAAUGAUUCUGAUGAUUUGGACGAAUGCGCCUGUGAUAAAUUCAAUGAGAUCAUGGCAUCUAAGGCGUGUCGAAGCAGCGUAAUGAUCAGCAAACACCUCAGUCAGAAUCAAAUGGAACAGAUCGUUAGGAAUUUAGCUCAUCUGAAAUUGCCUUGGAAUUGUCCCCAUGGUAGACCAACAUUCAUCGUCCUAAAAGAAAUGGCUCAUUGA